AUGGACAACAACCCGCAAGGCUCCGGGGGGCUCAAGGCGAGUCUCGGCAGUCUUAUCGGAGGUGGAGCGCCGGAAUAUUCCAACACGGAGCUUGCUGGUGUACCAUUGACGGGAAUGAGCCCCCUGUCGCCCUAUCUUAAUGUCGACCCUCGCUUCCUGGUUCAGGACACGGACGAAUUCAUUCUGCCUACAGGCGCUAAUAAGACGAGAGGAAGGUUCGAGUUAGCUUUCUUCACCAUUGGAGGCUCCUGCAUCACAGGGGCUUCAUUUGGCGCUUUAAAUGGUCUCCGAAUGGGCCUGAAGGAGACCAGAGACAUGGCGUGGUCCAAACCACGAAAUGUGCAGAUUAUCAACAUGGUAACGAGGCAAGGUGCUUCAUGGGCCAACACUUUGGGUUCAGUAGCCCUGUUGUACAGCGCGUUCGGCGUGGUAAUCGAAAAGGCCCGCGGCGCGGAGGACGACAUCAACACGAUAGCCGCCGGCACCCUAACGGGGAUGCUAUUCAAGGCAGCCGGCGGCCUGAAGGGUGUGGCCCGGGGGGGUUUGGCCGGUCUGGCCUUGUCCGGUGCAUACGCCGUCUACAAUAACUGGGACCAUCUGACUGGAACGUCGUCAUCGUCGUCUAGGCUUUACUAA